AUGGCCUCAAUUGGCCUCAGGUCCUCAGUGACAACUCGAGCCAUAUCCCUUCGACCCUGUCACUCCCGCCUCCUCCAGAUCUUCCCACGACAACUAAGCUCAACACAACAAUCCUUCUCACCGCGAUGGUACUCCGACUCGUCAAAAUCCUCGAGCGUCAGCAGCUCGGCAAGCUCGGCAAAGACCAGCGAUGAAUCCAUCGCAAGCAGCGCAUCCUCAGAACCAAAAGCCAGCAAGCUCAACAUCUUCAGCACAGAAUGGGAAGACCUCGAUACCAAAAUCAGCACCUUUGCUGACCUGCCGCAUCGCCUCUUUGGAGCAAACCAGCACAUGGUCAUUAACUAUGAGCUCAAAGAAGCUUUGCGCCUCAUGUUGCGCCAGUUCAAUGCGCCCAUCGUAUACUGUUUCGCAUACGGUUCUGGAGUCUUUCCUCAAAGCGCUGCCAAGGCCAACAUCUCCGAGUCCGAGUUUCGUGCUGUCCACCCGAAUCCUCCAGAGGCACUCAUCAAGUCGCAAAAGGGCUCUCCCAAGGUGCUCGACUUUAUCUUUGGAGUAUCGCAUGUUGAGCACUGGCAUUCCAUCAACAUGAAGCAACAUCGCAACCACUACUCUGGUCUUGCGUCCCUGGGAUCCGGCACUGUUUCGCGCGUGCAAAACUGGGGUGCUGGAGUCUACUUCAACCCCUUCGUAGAGGUCAAUGGCAUGCUUAUUAAGUACGGUGUAACAAGCAUCGAUAACCUAGUCCAUGAUCUCUCGUCGUGGGAUAGCUUGUAUCUUGCUGGUCGCCUUCAAAAGCCUGUCAAGAUUCUUCGCGACCAUCCUCGUGUACGACUCGCUAACCAGCACAACCUCAUCGCUGCCCUCCGAACCGCUCUACUUCUCCUACCUCCGGAAUUUACAGAGGUCGAGCUGUACAGCACUAUCGCUGGCCUCAGCUAUCUGGGUGAUCCCCGUAUGGCUCUUCCCACGGAGAACAAGAGCAAGGUGACAAAUAUCGUCGACAACAACAUCGUUCACUUCCGCCGCCUCUACGCACCGCUCGUCAAGACACUUCCCAACGUCGACUUCACAGGAUCUUGCCGUAUUGACGACACUGAUUGGAUCAUGGACCCUGAACCCCACAACAGACUCCAGCAGGACAUGGACCCCAAGCGCCGCGGUAACAUGGUCAGACGUCUGCCCCAAACCUUCCGAUCACGCGUCUAUUUCCAGUACCAGAAGCGGUUCGGCAUUCCUCGCGGAGAGUUCAACGAGCUCAUGAAGGCCUCCACGGACGAUGAUGGUACUGCCGUCAAGAAGAUGCAGGGAGGAGACUUCGAGCGCCGUAUUGCCACUGAUGAACCCCAGAAGCUUCACGAGACAGUGCGCAUUGCCAUUAAGCAGACAGUCAACUGGCCAAGUACAGUGCAGAGUGUGAAGGGGCUUUUGAUGGGUGGCAUCUCAAGAACAGUGAGGUACUUGGGCGAGAAGUACUCCAAGUACAAGAAGGACCAAGUAAGCCAAAAAGCGAAAAAGCUGGCAGAAAAGUCGGACUGA